AAGCCGUGGACGACACUCGGUGAUCGCUUUCCUUAAAAACAUGUCAAGACUUUGCUGACACUUCUCUCUGUGCCUCUCCGUGCCCAUGGCCCAUGGUGAGGAUUGCUCCCUGUAGCGUGGCCGUGCUGAUCAAGGUCAAUGCUGCAGCUACGCUUCUGCCGCCCCCAGACGGCACAUCCCAGCGAUGGAUGAAGAAGCUAUGGUCUGCCUUGAAGCCGCAAGGAAGCUUUGGUAGCUGGGCAGCCAUCUUGCAAGGCAGUUUGGCAGAGGUAUGCUCUCACCUUUGGCAUCAUCAAGCCCUCUUCUUCGAAGUGGGUGACGAGCACCUUGAGGUGCCUUUCUCCGAAUUGCUGGACCCCUCCACAGACUUUGCCAACGCGGGCAGAUAUGCUCGAGAGGUCUCCCUGCAGGAGGAGCAGUUCCUUGGAAGCGGAGGCGGGUCUUCUGCCAUCAUCUCCUUGGAGCUCAUCGACUUGGCCAAAGAGACGGUGCCGGAGGGCCUGGGCACCGAGCCUCCGUCACAGGCCUUUGUGUUGGACUUGCAACUUCAUGAAGGUGCUGUGCUGUGUGCAAAAGACCUGCUGAGGGAAGCGAGGACAGCUGACUCCCAACUGCAGCUGCGAUUUGAUAGUGUCGAAGCUCCUCUUUCCCUGUCGAACAGCUCCAGGCUUGAAAAGGAGUUGCCUGGAGUGAAGUACUUGUUCCCUUUGGUGGACUGCUGGGAGGAGCUUCAGGAGGCGUUGUCUGAUCUUCACGUAUACCUGCAGAUUCCUGAUGAAACGUGCGACUUGGAAGUCCCGGUGGAUUUGUCAGCUCUCCUGGCGGCCUCUCAAGAGGUGGCUGUUGAGGUGCGAAGCGCUCCAGUGAAAUGCUUGGACACAGGACUCCCGUUUAGGGCAACUCUGUCUCGAGCACACAUGGAGCCUGAACAGGUGCACUUGGCGCUAGAAGUGCCACAAGACUUGGGCAUUUGGGAGAGAGGUGAUGCUGCGGCCUUCGCGUGUUGCAUGUUUGAUCCUUCAGGUGCGCGGCUUCUGGCCGUGGGCCCAAGGCAUUGGCGCUUGUCCAUUGAGAUUCGCUCAGCCAGGCUCACGGAACGCGCGGCGAACGCCUUUGUGAGCUACAAUUAUCCGCCUCUUCGGCAGGUGCGCCCCUUCCGAACCAACCCGCCAAACUUGCUGCGGAAAAAGGCCACGGUGAGCAUGCCGCACUCCUUUGCCGCCUAUUGCUUGACUUCGACACUCGAGGAUCUGCAGGCACGUUUGGAAGAGCCUUUGUACCUCGAGGUCUGGCAUCGAGAUCUAUACCGCAAGGACAGCGUAGUGGGCAUUGCCGAGGCGGAUCUCAGUAUGCUAACCCAACGUCCUCUUGAGAGCUCCAGCAACUUGCCAUCAAUGGUCGAAAGCUUUCAGGCCUUGGAUCAGGUGUGUCCCAUCAUUGACAGUGAUAUUGAGUCGCAGGUGGGUACUCUACGCGUAGUGAUCUUCUUGGAGGACUUGGGCUUAGCCACAGUAGCGAAACCUUCGGACCCAGUGGGGCCGGCAGCAGUAUCUGCUGUAAAGCCUCAGGUGAUCAAAACGAGCGCUGUGGAGGAAGCGGCGCCGUUGAAGGGGGCCUACGAACUGGAGAUGUGGCGGCAGGCAGAGGAGGAGAAGUUCCGAGUCUAUUUGCAGGAGCAAGAGCAAGAGCUCAUAGAGCGGCUUGAAGAAGAAUUCCGCCAAAAGGAGGAGGCGCGAGCCUCGGAGUUCAUGCAGCGCAAGGUGAAGCUUGAGGAGGUCGAGGCGACAGUGAGGCGGAAGUUGCAGGACCUGCAAGAACGGGAGAUGGCCGUUGUCGCCGAGGAAACCCGAGUAGCGACCCUGCAAGAAGAAGUGAAGCGGCGCAUGGGAAUGGCCGUCGCGGAGCAUGAAGAUGCGUCCAAGCGUCAGGCAAUGGAAGCGCAACACAGCCUUGAGCUGGCACGGCAGAAGAGCCAGUUCUUGGACGAGCAGCGGAAGCAGCUGGAGGUGCAACUGGAAGGUGAUCAAGCGAAGCUGAAAGCGUUGCAGUUGGAGCAACUGGAGCAGCGAAGGGCAGCGGCACAGGCUGCCAGGGGUCCUUCAACGGAACUCAAAGAGGAGUUGCAGGCAACGCGCCUGCAGCUGAGGGAGCAACAGCUUCGAAACGAGGCAAUAGCAGCUUCUCGAGAUCACUUCAAAGAGAAGGUGGAAGAACUUUGUGGACGGCUCAUGGCAACAGCAAGACCCUUGGAGGUUCCGACUCCUUUAGCUGCUCUGAGCAGGAGUGAGCUCAGUAGCAACCCUCUCGACCUCACAGCGGCGCUGCGUCAGGUUCAGGAAGACUUGGCCAAAUUGGCUGACACCUGGACUGAGACGCCAAAGAGAACGCCCACCGACCAUGUGCCAGAUCCGUUGAGUUCUACACAACGGCAACGACCGCAGAGAGUUCGAAGUGAGGAGGAGCCCAAAGACACUGAGCGACACCUGGCUUGGUUGCGGAGUCAACGCCAUGAGCUUCUUGAUAGCGGACUCUAUGGGAGUGGUGACCGAGUUCUCAUGGCGCUGGACAUCAAGAUCGCUCAGGCAGAAGCUCGUUUGAGCUAAGCCAGGACCAGGCCACCAGUGAGAAGUAGUGAGAUGCUGUAGUUCAACUCGUAUGCGGUAUGUACAAAGUGGCGCUCUGGGUUGAACGAUUUGCUUCCCCCCGGGGGACAGGCCUUGUGUAGUUGCC